GCCCGAUGUCGAUUCUCCGGCUGGGCGAGGGGGAGCGCGGCGGUCCCUAAGUGAUGCUGAAGAGCCGUCCCCGUGCCGGCAGUUACCCCGGAGCCGGCGAGGCCCCGUGCGUGAGCGGGGUGGGAGACAUGGACUCGGCGGAGCCCGCGGGCGCCGCGGCUGGAAACCUCUCGGUGGAUCGGCCCGCGGUUAGCCGCCUUGGCGGGGAGGAGGAGCCGGACGAGGAGGGAGACAAGGAGGGAGGGAAGAGCGGCGGCUGCUCCUGGGAACAGAGCCUGAAUCCCGAGCUGCAGCAGGGAUACCGCAUCUUGCGUGAGUUUCUCCUGGAGAAGAACCGGCCUCUGACAGCACCGUUUUUGAAGCCCCUUGCGGAUCAGGCAUCCAUCAGGGAAGAAGGAGCUGGCUCCCUCUCGGGUCGUAAGAGCAGUCACUCUUUUCAGCAGUCGCCAGCUGGAAUGUGGUUGUUGAAGAUGGAAGAAAAAUUUUCCAGUGGGCAGUACGUGGGGAUAGCAGACUUCGUGGGUGACUUCCGGCUAAUGCUGGAGACUUGCUACCGACUGAAUGGUGUAGAUCACUGGCUCUCCAAACAGGCCCAGAAGCUGGAGAUGAUGCUGGAGCAGAAGCUGGCGCUGCUCUCCCGGCAUUUGAGAGAGAAAACUUCAAUAGCUGUAACAUCUAGAGGAUGUUAUGGGCUGGAAGAUGAGAAAGGAGCAGCAUGCAUUUCAACAAGACGUCGUUCCAUGCCUCGCAAUUUAGUAGGCUUGUCGACAGGCAUGUUUGAGUCUGUGAUGGUUCAGGUUCUAAGACAAGAAGAACACCUGAGAGCAAAAGAGGAAAAGAGGCUGAGAGAGCAAGAAAGAAAAGAAGCAGAAGAAGCUAGUCAGAAAGAAAUAGAAGAAUGGGAACAGUCACUUUUAGCUCAAGCAGCACCUACAAGGAUGGAGACAAUGUGGGAAAUUCCAGCUAUUGGUCAUUUUCUUUGUUUAGCACAACAGAUUUUAAAUUUACCAGAAAUAGUAUUCUAUGAAUUGGAACGUUGUCUUCUGAUGCCUCAGUGUAAUGCUUUUUUGUCUAAAAUAAUGACGUCUUUGUUAAGUCCUCCUCAUCGCAGAUCGACAUUACAUCGCAGGCCUACGCUUUCUUACAGGACUUGGGAAGCAGCACUCAGACAGAAAGUACGACACUGGUAUACUGUUGUAGGGCAGACUGACAAUCCUAAUACCUCUGCCGAAAAACUUGGAUUGUGUCCCCAGUUUUUCAAAGUCCUUGGAGAAGUUAAUCCCUUGGAAUCAAAACCAUUUCAUGAGCUACCAUUCUACCAAAAAGUGUGGCUGCUAAAAGGUCUCUGUGAUUUUGUGUAUGAAACACAAAAGGAUGUUCAGGAUGCAGUGCUAGGUCAGCCUAUACAUGAAUGCAGAGAAGUAAUUCUUGGUUAUGACUACUUGGAGAAUGCAUACGUUCAUUUUCCACAGUUCUGUGGUGCAGAUGUUCGGAUUUACAAACAAAAGCCUUUUCAGGCUCCUGAAUUCCCAUCUCCUCCCAUCAAAGUCAGAAAAGUGUCACGUAUUAAACUGGAAAAAGUAAAACGUGAAUAUGUAAGGAAAAGCAAUGGGGAGGUUAGUUCUGGUGGCAAAGAAGAGCUGCUACAUCAUUCCAGGACAGAAACAGAGAAGAGUAUGGAUAUCGUUAGCUGUCCAGAAAAAAACCCACAUUUAGAUAGCUUUAGAGUCACUACAGAGGAGAUUAACUGUGAAAUCAAGCCCUCAAGAUUCUGCGACAUCAAAAAAACUGGUUGCUCUAAAGAGAACUUGGGGAGUUUGAGUAGUUCAGGAGAGACUGUUGGUAUGAGUGGUCACCUUAGUUCAGGAGAAAUAAAGACUGUGGAGAAUGGCCAUAGUUUUUCUGAAAUGGCUAGAAUAAAAGCUGAGAUCAAUCCAUUCAAGGAGAACACACUGAAAGCUUGCCAAAUGCAUGUCAAUGGCACUCAUAAUGACAACCAAGACAUAAAUUACCAGGAAUCUGCUAAAGGAACAAUACUAGAGAAGUCGCUGCAAAAUAAUGAGAAACUAAAUAAGCUGCGGGCAAAAAAGAAGAAAAAGAAAAAAAAGAAGUUGAAGGAUAUUCUAAAUGAAAAUCUACAGAGAAAACUUGAUGACUUGCAAAAAAAACGUGAGAUUCAUCUUCAUCCAUUCAAAUCUUACAAAACUGAGAUCCAGAACAAGUUGUUUAUAAUUAAAAAGAAAGCAAAACACAAGAAGCACAAAUCUGGGAAAAAAUCCGUAUCUAAAAAAGCAAUCACAAAGAAGAGGAAAGGUGUCACAAAGUCUACCAUACCAGAAUUUCAGCUUAUUUGCACUAAUCUUGAUGAACUCAGGGAAUUAAUCACAAAGAUUGAGAAUGAACUCAGAGAUCUGGAGGACAUUAAAAAGAAAUCGGGAAGAUGGUACCACCGGAAACAGGCAGUAAAGGAAUUGCAUGGUACAUUGAUACGACUGCUUAAUGAACUAUUACCAUGGGAACCAAAGCUAAUGAAAGCAUUUCAAAGAAACAGAUCUAGAUUGAAGAAGGACUAUGAUGACUUUAAAAGACAUCCAGACCAUGAUAAAUUUAACAGAGAAUUGUGGAGUAAUGAUGAAAGUGAAGUUGAUUCUGGCAAAGAUUUAUUUGCAGUAGUAUGUGGUAAAUCUUCGGAGUCUGCAGAACAUGUGGAAGUUUCCAAAAAAGAUCACCCCGACAAUGAUGAAAUGAAAUUAUUGGAGAUGAAUUUACCUACAGGAAAAAACAGAAUUCUGAAAAAAGAAUCGACUUCCAAAGAAAUACAGAAGACACUGGCCAAAUGUAUUAAACGACAGUCCAAGCAAAAUAGUUGUCUGGAUCAAAGCCCAAAUGAGCUUUCACCGAGGAAGAAAGCUAAGCUGAGCACUAACGAGGCUGCAGUCCAGAUUUCAGAAAGUAGCCUGCAGCCAGAUAGUUGUUUGACUGAGCUGAAACAAUUUGAAGGGUCAACUCCAGAAUCAUUUUCCUUGACAGAUCCUACAACAUCAGUGUCAAAUUUUCUGAAAGGGACCAAACCCAUUCAGGCGUUGCUUGCCAAGAAUACUGGGAACAAAGUGACCUUAACAAAUCAGCUGUCACCUCCUGCAGGUGCAAGUGUAUCUACUUCUGAAAAGACAGUUUCACCACCUUUGGAACCAUCACUGAUAAAACCAGCAUUACCCUGCCAAACUAAUUCAAAGACUCCUUUGCAAAUGGUAUACAAAAUGCCAAAUGUCCAUUGUGUACCAGUAGAUCUCCAGAACAGCUCUGUGAAAAUUCAAAUGCAACCUGUGAUGGAUCCUAAAACUGGAGAAAAAGUUAUGCAGCAAGUUCUUAUUUUACCUAAGAAUUUUCUUAUUCAGCAGGAGGGAAAAAGUGUGUCCAAGGACAUUCAGUCACUACAUCAGAAAUCAUCUGACCUGCACUGUACAACUUCAUCAGAAAUAUCGAAUGUCAGUGUUUCUUUAACGUCUGUUCUGGUGACGGGCCCUGCAAAUGUUAGCACUCGGUCACCUAGUACAAUUUUUAACAAGGAUAUUACCCGCUUGUCACAAACAACUGGUCCCCUAAACACUGCACAACCACUGGCUGCUGUAACUUCAGCAGGUAACUUAUCAUCAACAGUUAAGGUGAGUCAAACUGAAACUGACAAAAUGAAGGCUACGGCUUCAGCUGCCACAUCUCCUGUGUCUUUGACUUCACCUACUCUUUCAACAGCUAGCCAGUCUUUGAUAUCAGCAACAGCACUAAGUGGGUCUACAAACACUACUUCUGCCUGUCAUAGUCUUGCACCUCUGCAGACAGCUGACUCCUUUGAAACUAGGCAAGAGCUGAAGACUGUGUGCGUAAGAGAAUCGCAAUCUAUUCUAGUCACAACACGAGGUGGAAACACUGGAAUUGUUAAAGUGCGAACAAACCCAGACCAGAUUUUACCUAGUUUAUCUUCUAGUUCAGUUUUCACUUAUGCACCUCAACUUCAGGCUUUUCUUGUGCCAAAAACCACAGCAUUAUCAUGUUCUCCUGUUCCAUCUGUAACAACAGCCACAUCUGGUCUCCCCCAUACUGGACAACCGUCUCUUUCUGGAUUUGAUCCCUCAACAGCUUCUUCUGUUAACAUUCCAGCUUUCCCAGCUGAUUUUACCCAGGUGACGGAGAAGAAUAUUGAAUUGACCUUACACCAGCCUGCUGUUGGAGGCACUUCGGGCCAAGUAAUAGGGAACUCUAGCUGUGUGUCCUCUCCUUCUUUGUCCUCCAUUUCAUUAGCCAGCAAUUUGAUGUCAACAACUCCAAACAGUCCUCUUAGUGUGACUAGCACUGGACAGAAUAACACUGUUGUAGCUCCAGAUUCUUCUGUGCUGCAACAAAACGAUACUAAAACUAAAACUGUUAUACAGUCUGAGUCUAACUCAGCCACAACUGGAGAUUUAAUCAGUGGUAUGCCAGUCCAGAAACUUACAUUACUCACAAAUCCACCUAUCUUCUCGCCCUGUGGGGCAUCAGGAGUCAGUAUUAUACCCUCUCCAGCAUCCACUGGUGUUAAUGCUCCAAAGUUUAUUUUCAUUAACACGCAAAUUGCUAAUGGCCCAUCAACCACCAAUUUAGUUGCUGAGUCAUUGAAACAUAACCUUCCUUCUUCCCUAAGCAAAACCUUCGUUAGUGCCACAGAGCAACCGCAGUUGGUUUUGAUCCCAUCUACAGUAGGAGCACCAAUAAGGAUAAAUUCAUCACCAAGUAUUGCUCAAGUAAAAGAUGUGAAAAUUGGGCUAAAUAUAGGUCAAACCAUUGUAAAUACCAAAGGCAAUGCACAACAGGUUCCACCAGUGAAUAUAUUGCACUCUGCCAUUUCUAAGGGAGAAGACAAAAAGAGCAUGGACUUGACGUUAUCUUUGACAAGUAGUAAUACUCUGGUUCCUGUUCCAAGUUUUGUGAGUCGAAGUGUUGUGUCAGUUACUGAAUCUGUAUGUGUUACAACAAAAGCUGAAAAUGCUCUUACAGUAACAAUAGCAAAUGCAUGUGUAGAAUCUGUUUCAGUAACAUCAAGUGGGACUUCUGGGACACGGCCCACUGUCUUGGUUGGUGGAAAUGAUCCCUUGAGAAUAAGGCCUGUUAUGGGUAGUCGGCUAUGUACAUCGAAUAUUGGAAAUACUGUAGGUAUAUCGACUGUGAAAACAGGACAUCUUGCUUCAUCUGUGCUGAUUUCAGCAGCACAACCAGCAGUAUCUCCUCAAAACUUAGCAUCUGCUUUGCAGUUUCCAGUCAUUAGCUUGCCUGGAUCUAUAGCCACCCCCCACAAAGUGUUAUGCACAGUUCCUCAGUUAGCAGCAGUUCCAGCUCCUCCUCCAGUACAAAAAAGCCAGUUGCCCACACUGCUUCAGUUUCAGUCAUCAGGAGUUUCAGCUGCUAUGCCAAGCAAUGCAGGUAUUCACAAACCUCAGAGUGUGUUGCCCCCUCCAUCACAAAAUACAGGGAAAGUCAUUAGUUUUCCCAGUUCUUCUUCCCUGCAGUGCCCGCAGGUGCUUCCUGGUACAGAGAAACAAAGUCAUGCUUACACUUGUGCUUCCAUGAUUCAUAUGCCUGCAGCUUCAACUGUAACAAGCAAAGCAGGAAGUCAGUUGUGUGAACCUUGCAUUCAGCAGAAAAUAGUCAUUAACACCUGUAUGCCUUUGGCACCUGGAACUCAAAUAAUGAUUAAUGGUACUCGUUUUGCUGUUCCACCACAAGGCCUUGUAGCUGGCAGCCAUGUUCUUCUUCUCUCUUGUAAUACAAAACAGACUCCUCCUUUAACUAUUAACCACAGUCAAGAGGGUCAAGAUGUACCUGUUGUUAAUCCAGUAACUUCGAAAAUGAUGCUAGCACCAAGUAAUUCAUUAAGUUGGCAGAUAUCAAAACAUCAUUUGAAAAGCUCCACAAAAAUUGUGAACUCCUUUGGGUCUGCAGAUGCAUUACCCAUCGUACAUGCAACACCCCAGAUACUUAGUACUCCAGCUAACUCAUGUACUCCACUGUCUGCAGCAACACCAUCUAUGUCUUCCAUGAUAAAAUCUCCUGUCAAUGUCGUAGCUGCAUCUUCUGUGGUUUCUGCCAUUCAUUUGCCGAACUCUCAUUUACCAAGCAAUACUUCGGUGCUUCACUUAGACACUUCAAUCAAAAAACUGUUGGUCAGUCCAGAGGGAGCAAUUUUGAAUGCUAUAAAUACUCCAGCAUCAAAAGUUUCUUCCAUGUCUUCAGCACUGCUUCCUGUUGCUGUAUCCACAAGCAGAAAUCCUACCACUGUCUUCCCUGCAUCUCAGUCAUCUUGCCUUGAUAAACCUGACAAAGCUGCAUCCUGAAUUUAUUGCAAAUGAGCCACUUUGAAAAUUUGGGGAUUCUUCUGACUUUGAAAGUUGUAAUUAUUGAAUAAUUUCUUAUGUUGUUUGAAACAGUUGAUUUACUAAAAAUUACUUGAGAUUACAGUUCUUUCUUGUUUACCUGUGGGGAUUAAGAAGGAAAGUUUUAGUUUGUUGGGAAUUUUCAGAGUUCUUUAGUAAAAAGGUCAGAAAUGAGUAACGAAUUCAUUAAGCAUCUUAGUUUGGAGAAACCUAGCCUUUUGCACAUGUUCCAUCAUACAGUAUGGACUGUUUGCCAGUGUUUAUGACAGUAUAUGUCUCCUUUUUAUUUGUCAAAUUUAUUUUUUAUUUGUUCCUGUAAAAAAAUAUUUAUGCAUUGUAAAAAUGCAGUCUAUGGCAUAGAAUUGUACAUAUUCAUGAAUUCCUAACAAUCUGUACUAAACUAUAUGUACAAAGAACUCUGCUGUCUUAUUUAUGUUUUGUUUACAUAUGUAUAGUUUUUUAAGUAUUUUAGUAACUUUGGACCAGUGUACUGUUUAGCAACAAUGCAGAAGAAUCUGCAUAUAAUAAAUCAAGUUGCUGUA